UCUCACUGGUUGUACUGGUAUUGUUCUUACAGGUUGAAAUGGUAGGGUUCUUACUGGUUGAACUGGCAGGGUAUUUACUGGUUGAACUGGUAGGGUAUUUACUGGUUGAACUGGUAGGGUUCUCACUGGUUGAACUGGUAUUGUUCUUACUGGUUGAACUGGUAUUGUUGUCACUAGCUGUAAUGUUAUUGUUGUCACUGGUUGAACUGGUUUCUGUGGUUGCAGGUGAGAUGGGCUGUCUGGGAGGGAAGACGGAGGAAGAACGUCUGGAUGAAAAAGCGAAACGUGAAGCGAACAAGAAGAUCGAGAGACAGCUGCAGAAAGAGAGGCAGGCGUACAAAGCUACACACAGACUGUUACUACUCGGAGCAGGAGAAUCAGGUAAAAGUACCAUCGUGAAGCAGAUGAGGAUUCUUCAUGUUGACGGUUUUAACGUUGAAGAGAAGCAGCAGAAGGUUCAAGACAUCAGGAAGAAUGUGAAGGAUGCCAUUGUGACCAUCGUGUCAGCCAUGAGUAUGCUGACUCCGCCCAUUCCUCUGGGUAACCCUGGCAACCAGUUCAGAGUUGAGUACAUCAAGAGCAUCGCCCCGCUGUCUGACGUUGAAUACACUGAGGACUUCUUUGAGCAUGCUCAGAAGCUGUGGGAAGACGACGGCGUGAAGGCGUGUUUCGAACGCUCCAAUGAAUAUCAGCUGAUUGACUGCGCUAAGUUCUUUCUGGACAGGUUAGACUCAGUCAGAAAAACGGACUACACACCUACUGACCAGGAUCUGUUGCGCUGUCGUGUUUUGACUUCAGGGAUUUUUGAAACCAGGUUUCAGGUCGACAAGGUCAACUUCCAUAUGUUUGAUGUAGGAGGACAGCGCGACGAGCGCAGGAAGUGGAUUCAGUGCUUUAAUGAUGUGACCGCCAUCAUCUUUGUGGCGGCGAGCAGCAGCUACAACAUGGUGAUCAGAGAGGACAACUCCACCAACCGGCUCAGAGAGUCCCUCGACCUGUUCAGGUCCAUCUGGACCAACAGGUUUCUCAAGACAAUCUCGGUGAUCUUGUUCCUAAAUAAACAGGACGUCCUUGCUGAUAAGAUUCUGGCAGGAAAAUCUAAACUGGAAGAUUAUUUCCCUGAAUACACAAACUACCAAGUUCCUGCUGAAGCUGUUCCAGAUGCUGAUGAAGACCCAAGCGUGACCAGAGCCAAGUUCUUCAUCAGAGACGAGUUUCUGAGGAUCAGCACGGCGAGCGGCGAUGGGAAACAUUACUGUUAUCCUCACUUCACCUGCGCCGUGGACACGGAAAACAUACGUCGUGUUUUUAACGACUGUCGUGACAUCAUCCAGCGCAUGCACCUGCGCCAAUACGAGCUUCUCUGAUUGGUUGUGGGAAUCUUACCUGGUCCCGGCCACUAUCAAUGCUAAUAGGUGAUCAGUACAGAUCACAAUCAUUUAUCACUCAGCUAGUUAUUUAAGAGUCUUUCCUGCUGUCUCUUUUUUGUAUCUGGUGCAGGGGAUUGUGGGUAAUGUUGUUUUAUGGAAAGGCAUCACAGGAUGUGGAUUUCCUGUCAUGACUACAGUCUGAGUCAUGACAGGAAGUCAUGAAGUCACCCCAGUCUUAGGGUGGGGGAUGUAGACAAUUUAAUUAUUUUUUUUCAUGUUUUUUUAACUUAAAAUAAUUAGUUCAUAAUGAUCUCUCCUUUGAUUGGCUGGUCCUGACUGUGAUGUCAUUCUGUUUUCUCUCAUGGGAACAUUUAACUAUGUACCU